GGUCAGCGAGCAGAGACCAAAGAGCAGAGAGCAGAGAGCUGGAAAAGCCGUCAGCCCGAAACGGAAGUAUUAGCGUAAUGCCUUGCGCCUGAUGAGCUGCCGAGCAUGGGCUGCUCCAAUUCAAAGUCCGCGACUGCUGUAGACGAGACCAGAGCAAAGGCAGCGCCAGCGGCAGCACCAGGCAAAUCCCCGCCCCCCGCCGCAGCCACAGAAACAACAAGCUCUAACACAAUGGACGCUUUGCCCAAGCAGGAGUACCCGCCCUCUGAGGCAUUCACCAUACCCCUCGACGAAGCGGCUAGCGAGACAGUCCCGUUGAACGACACCUUGCGUCAGCCGCCCAAGCGACUGCAACAGCUCAUGCAGCAAGCCGCCGAGGCGGAGCCCCUCACGCUCGACGAGCUGGAUGCCAAGCAGCAACGAGCGGAGGCUCGUCGCCAGGAGCUAAUGCAGCAAAAGCUGGAGACCAUUCAGAAGAACACGCAGAUACUAAUGCAACGUGGACAAACGUCCGACGAGGAUCAAACGAGAAACGAACACCAACAGCAGGAACAACGGGACGCAACGGACAUUUGA